UGUCGCUUGAGGCUGGGACAAAUGCAACACGGUAUAUUUUCUUGAUGCUGACAGCUCUGUUGCAGACGCCGAGUAGCCUUGUAUCUUCCUCCACUCAUCUCGCCUCCCUCUCUCCCUGCGCCGCCCGGUUGGCAGCCAGAUCCGCACUGCCCCUGCUCAACACAUCCACACGUCGGCUGGGCUUCUUCAAUUAUCCUUCGCGCCGCAUGUUCGCGACCACCAGCAGCGCCAUGGCGUCGUCAUCGAUGUUUGAACACAUCGUCGAGGCGCCUCCCGAUCCCAUCCUCGGCACGGCCCUGGCGUACAAGGCCGACACAAACCCAAACAAGGUGAGGCAUGCAUCUGGCAAGGGGGCGCAUUCACUGUGUGUGUGUGUGUGUGUGGCGGAUGGACAGGUGAAUUUGGGUGUUGGCGCUUAUCGCACUGAGGAGGGCGCGACGUAUGUGUUCCCCGUGGUGGCCAAGGUGGACAAGGAGCUGGCGGCACAGACACUCGACAAGGAGUAUCUGCCCAUCGACGGCCUCCCAGGACUCAAGAAGGUCACUCACUCACACACACACACACACACAGACACGUGGAUUUAUCAAUCAGUGUUGUCACACCUGCUUUCGUUCUGUGCGUGCGCCGUGGCCCUGCAGGUGACUCAGAAGCUGCUGUUCGGCGAGUGCGCGGCCUACCGAGGGGACAGAAUAUGCUCAAUCCAGGUAGGGACAUGCCAACCACACCACACACAGACGGACUGAACACUGCAUCGCUUUCUGCUCUUUGCCACUCAGGCCUUGUCCGGCACUGGGGCGUUGCGUGUGGGUGCGGAGUUUAUGAACAGACACCUGCCGCAGGACUGGGGCCGGGUCAGCCACAAGAUCACACACGCACAGAUGGUGGAGGUGCGCAUCCACGCUGCUCUCUCCUUCUCUCUCUCUUUGUUUCCCUGCAGACAGUGUAUCUGAGCGACCCCACGUGGGGCAACCACAAGCAGAUCUUCCUCGCGGCCGGGUUUGCCGUCAAGACGUACCCCUACUGGGACCAGGCCCGCCGGUGCGUGGACAUGGACGCCAUGCUCCACACCCUCAAGUUCGCCCCCAAGCACUCCAUCAUCGUGCUGCACGGGUGCGCCCACAACCCCACGGGCCUGGACCCCACCAAGGACGAGUGGCAGCAGAUCGUGCAGGUCAUCAAGGACAACAACCUCAUUCCAUUCAUCGACACAGCCUACCAGGUCAGCCACUCGCUUGACCCACUCAUAGAUAGGGACUGACUGGCAUGAGAGGGAGAUGUGUGUGUGUGUGUGUGGGUGUGUGUGUGCAGGGUUAUGCGAGUGGUGAUUUGGAUGAGGACGCCUACUCGCUGCGUCUCUUCGAGUCGAGUGGGCUGGAGUUCUUCGUCGCUCAGUCGUUCGCCAAGAAUUUCGGCCUCUACGGCGAGCGUGUUGGCAUGUUCCACAUCGUACUGUCGCCCCUUCACACACCUACCCUACCCGACAGAGAGAGGGAGGUGGCACUGACUGCAUGCGGUCUCUCGUGUGCGGUGCGUGUGUGAAAUCAGGUCGCGAGCAGUGCGGAGCGUGCCAAGGUGGUGUUGUCUCAGGUGAAGCCAGUGGUCCGCGCCAUGUACAGUAACCCACCGGUGCACGGCGGCCGCAUCGUCGAGCGCAUCCUCUCCGACCCGACCCUCUUCGCCGAGUGGCAGCAGCAGCUCAAGGACGUCGCCGCGCGCAUACACCGCGUCAGGUCGGGCAACACGAGACACACACACACACACACACGGGACAGACCACAUGGGUUUACUUACGUGUGUUGGUAUGUGUGUGUGGAUGAAUCAGGUCUGAUUUGCGUGGUGGGUUGGAGGCCAAGGGGACGCCCGGGAGCUGGGAGCACAUCACGCGACAGAUAGGGAUGUUCAGCUACACGGGCCUGUCGGUGGCCCAGAGCGAGCGCAUGAUCGACCAGUGGCACAUCUACAUGCUCAAGAACGGCCGCAUCAGCCUGGUACAUAGAGAGACACAAAUAUAUGCACCCCCGCAUCAACCGACACGUGUGUGUGCGCCCGUGCGUGUGUGUGUGUUCAGGCUGGUUUGAACCACAAGAACAUCCCUUACGUCGUGGGUGCCAUCGACGACUGUGUCCGCAACGCGCCGGGCGACUCCAAACUGUGAAGGCGUUGCGGGCUGGGCGAGUGCAGCACCAACUAGAUAGAGGGAGGUUCAUAGCUAGGUACAUGGCUGUUGAUAUGUGUGCACCACCCUGUGUGGGCAGACAGACUGUGUGGGUGGACGUCAGUCAGUUGGCGUGGAUGGAUGGCCGACGGCCUUUUUCGAACGAACAGGGGCCUGCUGGAGGGGAGGGCUGCUGCCGAAUGUGUAGAGGGAUAGGUGGCAGGGGCGGUGGCGGUGGGGGGAUCGGGCUGGCUGGCUGUAGGCUUCGCCAGCACCAGUGAUUGAUGGAUGGAAAAUCAGUCGUUCGUUCGUUUGUUUAGGUGUGUGAGUGUACUUUCUUCCCUCAGGAUGAUGAGAGAGCCUCUGCAUCUGGUCUGCCUUUCUCGACGCUGCCGGCAAUGUGUGGCCACCACCACAUUGUCGCCAUGGUCUCGAGAAGCAUCACGAGGGAGUCAGUCGUGGCUGAAGCAAAGCAGCAGAUGGUUGGGAACGAUUGCGUACGUGUGAGGGAUUUAUUCAAGCUAGCAUACUUACAUCCGUGACUGCAGUGGAGUACUCUUUUUCCUGACUCGUCUUCGCUGCGUAUCCGUCAACCAACCCACCCA